AUGACUUCUGGACCUUGGUCUUUGUUUCUCCGCCUUCUCGCAGUGCACGUUGGCAAAAUUUAUUAUUCUGUACACUGUGAUGUAUAGAGUGUUGUCUAUAUAUGUGGCAGCUGACGUAUUUCUUUAAACGGUUACCAACAAAUAUUAAUAUUGUCAAAAUGGGAAGGAGACUAUACUUGUUAUCCUUCACUAAGACCUGCCAGCCUCACUUUAAUGAUAUAUCCACCACCCAUGCACAAGAACUAAAUAAUUUUUAAACAACGUAACAAACUCUAAGAAACGCUAAUAAUAUUUCCGGGCAAUUAAGAAAUUUAAUGUGAGAAAUUUAAAACAAGAAGCGAAGAAAACGUUUGAUAAGCCCGUUUGAUAAGUCCAAGCGUUGCGGUGGUGGAUUCUGUAAAAUUGAAAAAUUAAAGGACAAUAAUAAAAUACCUUACUGUAUAUACGAGAGAAGAUGAUCACCCUGGAGGUAGUGGAGUUGGUUAGAGUUUCUGGGUCUAGGAGGAGAUUUAUUAAAAGGGAAUGAGGAAUCCGGCAUUGCAUUUGAUCGGGAUAGCGGCGUCCCCUGGAGGAGGAGGUGAAGUCUUUGGUUCGCGGGCCGAGGAGGAGUUGCGCCAGUGGCUUGAAGCACGCCUGGACGCAUUGGGGAUUGACCCUGUUGCGUACUCGCGAUUUGUGCUCAGCCUAUUGCGCCGCCCCGACUCGGCCCUAAGUCCUCCAGAAGAGGCAAUUGAGCUAGGUAGAGGCACAGGACGUCGCAUACGUGCCCGAUCUAAAGCAAAGCUGCCAACACAUGGUGACAGGGAGCAACGACGAGCUGUUGUGCAAUGUCUGACAAGUGCCGCUGACGACAAAUACGGAGUGGAAACACUGGUUGAUGAAUUGUGUAUAAAAUUAAAAGAAUUGGAGGGAGGAAGUUCGCAUGAUGAAAAAGAAGAAUCUAAAAAGUCCAGUGAUGAACCCAAAACGAAUUUAGAAGCGCUCACACCUCGUGAUAGAGCUCUUAGAUACUACGCAGCAUUCCCAUCCUUGGAAUCUGUAUCCAUCAAAAAAUUUUCUCUCAAAAAUUCUGCCAAUAGCAACAAUAAUAAAGACAACGGAAUUAAUUUGCAUAAUAAUAAAAAUAACAGUGCUUAUAAUAAAAAAACUAAAAUGUCUAUUAGCAUUGAAUCACAAAGAUCAGAGGAUAAAGAAAGCUUCGGAUUCGUUAAAUCAAUGGAACGGGAAAGGGAAAAAGAACGCGAAUUGGAACUCGAUCAAUUAAGAUUAGCGCAGCUAAAGGCAAAGUUUAAUGAAAACUUGGAGGCACUUUGGAAUUCAGUACCAGGCAAUGCGCAGGACACAGCUUCAAUAUGGGCAGCUCCAACACUUUCCAUUCCUUCUGGACCUCUAUGGCCAACAGACACUACCAAGACAAUCUUUACUUUACCUAUUUCAAAUAACGAUUAUUCUACUGACACACCAAAUCAAGACUCAAUUGUUGAUGAAUCACCGCUUAUCCCCUGGGAUAUAGAUCUAAUCAGCAUUGAAGAUAAUGCAGAUGAAUACAGCAAUAAAAAUACAGCAGAAUACAAUAUAAAUUGGUCAGAUUCGGUUACGGAUGGACCCUGGUGCUGGAGAGGAAUCGAUAGCAACUUAGCUACAGGCUUGUAUUGUCACAAUCCUCAGACUGGUAGUUGCUUCUUUCCAAUAGCAUCAUGUAAAACUCCAAUUGGAACUUGCAAACAGUCUCGUUCGAGUUUGAAGGUAAACAGCCUUCCCGAACCAGAUGAAGAUUUAUUGACUUCCAUGCGUACUCACUUUCGUCCGAUAAAGGACGAUGGUCACUGGGCAGAUGGGACAACGUUUCCCGUAAACAAUACAGUAGAACGAGUUGCCUAUCGCAGAUCCGAAUCAGGAAACUUGCUGUAUCUUCCUGGCGGAGAAAGCCCUUAUAUGGAGUACCGGGAGAGCGAUGCGGUGAUGCCACCCGUGUCUACGAAUUUAACGUUGAAGUUUCGAGUGCGUCAAUGCGACAAAGGCGUCCAAACCGAGCCCAUACGAUCUCCGGUCAAACGUCGUAUCCUUUCCGAACAGGAUCAUUUUCGCUAUUCCCCGAUCGGAGCUGAAGAUGCUACUAUACUUGAACAAGAAAAUAUCGAAAAAGAUUCCUUUGAUUCGGAAUGGCCUCAACUUAAUUGGGUACAAUCAAGUGUACCUCUGCACAAUGAUAGAAAAAGUGAGUGGAGUCGACCAAAUUGCCAAACUGGAAUUGCCAUACGAGAUUUGCAAUACAAUACAUAAUCGUUACAUUUCAAUUGGAAGGCACAGUAGCAGCUUUGGGUGCCAGCCAUUGACGACUUUGCGUCCUUUGACCUUGUGAACUGGAUAAUGUAAGCUGCUAAAUAAUUCUAUAUGACGGAGAUUUGAGGUUUAGCUAUAUAUACUUUUUUUUCGCAAAAUAAAGAAGCGAAUGAUAGGUGCGUGAAUGGGGGUCCUCUUGGCAUGUGGAAUUUGUUAUGCAUGUAUCCAAGAAGGCACGAGUAAACCCCAUCGUCACUCGUAAUAAGCAACAUGCAAUCGAAUACAAAACGAAACGCGAGGAUAUUAAUUAUUCAUUUAGAUAGUUAUUAUUAACCCUCUUUGUGAGAUGAGUAAAAAGGAAUGAGAAAAAAAAGAAGUGUGUACACAAUGUUUCACAUAAUGUCUCACGUUGCAAAAACGUUGAAGACUACGAAUAACUACGAGUGAUUUAAGUUGUAGAUUGUUGAUUACUUUGUGAUUUUUGAGGAGAGAAUUUAGUAAGCUGGUUUUUUUAGAAAAUUGUAGCAAGCAGUUUUGUUUCUCGUCUAACGUGCAAGCUAAGAGUAUACUUAUUCAAUUUUUAUUGAAAAAAAAGGAAAAAUAAUGGGUGUUAAAAUUGAAAAUUGGAGACAAAUUCGAAAGGAUAGUUGAGUACUUAUUUUAAAUGCUGCACGUUGCAAAUCGGGUAUUUAAUUAAAGUGCUGUUCUAUUUUCUUGUUGUUUUUUCGUAAUUAUUAACGGAUUAUCUUCUUAAUCUCGUAUUCUCCUAAUUAUAAUUUAACUCCCUAGAAGAUUAAUCCUUCCCUCUAUCCUCUUUUCCCUCUCCCAUCUUCCACAUCUCCUUGUAUCCAAUGCUUUCCCUGUGCUCACCCUAAGAAAAUCGAAUAACUGAGAAUGUACAUGUAAAAAAAACGUGUAAUUUGAAAACACAUGCUUACCUCAUGAAAGAGGUACGCAAGAAAAAGAAAAAAAAAUACAAGAAAUGUUACUAGUAUGCAAAUGCCUUAGAAAGGAAUGUUGAAAGAUGUUAAUGUGUCCAAAGGAAGUGUAUAGCGUGUAUAAUUGACUUUGUCUUUGAGAGGGAUGAUUUAAGAAUGUGCAAGAAUCGAAUGUUGAAAGAUGUCAAUGCAUGGAAUGUGUCAACACUUAUAACUGACUCUUUGUCUUCAGGAAAUGCUAUAAAAGAAAAUGCAAAUAAAAAAGUGGAACGAACAAAAAUAUAUUUGCGCGAUAAUGUAUGGAAAAGGACAAAUUAAAGGCAUUGCGAACAUUA